AUUUACAUUUAUCUCUUAAUUCGAUUUUGUUAAUAUCCAUAAUUAUUAAAUUUUAUUCUAUAUUAGUCGAAAAGGUCGGUUAAACCCUAAACAUUUUAUGGCUAUAUAUAGGAUCUACUACUCGCUUUCAACAUUAACGAAAUCUAUUAAGAUAUUAUACUUUUGUGCGUUAAAAAAUGUCGUCAAGCAGAAAAAGCAAAAAUUCACUAACUUUCAUCGAUGAUAUCAAUCCUAUUCACGAUCAGAAUAAGAUUAAGGUGUUAAUCUUGAGGCUGUGGAAGGCGUAUCAGAGAGAUGCGGGCAAUACAAUCGAGAUGGUUUUGGUGGAUGAAAAGGGUUCAAGAAUCCAUGCAACUGUUGAAGAAAAAAAUAUCAAAAAGUUCGACAGUGUCCUGAAAGAAGGUGAUGUCGUUACCUUGAAUCCUUUCAAGCUCAUCAAGUACUCUGGCGAUUAUAAGAGCAACAGUCUUUCUUUCAAGAUUUUGUUUUACCGAACAACCCAGGUCAAACCAUGUGAUGAUUUUCCAAAGGAAGUCCCUGAGAAGUAUUUUGUGGAAUUUGGUGAUGUUUCAAAUGGUUCACGAGACACGCGUGUUUUCGUUGAUGUUAUUGGUCAGAUUGUCAACGUUGGACCGAUAGAGGAUAUAAAAAUCAGAGGAAAGAGUACUCCAAAGCUCGACGUCGAGUUGCGUGAUCGUGGGAACGUACGGUUAAUAUGUACUCUAUGGGCGGAUUUUGCUAAGCAAGUUAAGGUUUAUACUGAAGCAAAUCCAGCGGCUGUUGUUUGUGUGAUUAGGUGUGCUCAGGUUAAGGAGUGGAAAGGUAAUUGGACUAUAUCUAAUGCUAUGGGCGCAACACGUGUAUUACUCGAUCCUCCAGGCAAUUUUUUUUGUAGGCUACCAACCGAUGGCGUGGUCUUGACUAAUCAUGAUAAUAGUGAAUUGUUUGCUGGAUCAACUGUAUCGAUACGUGAUCAAUUCUUGGUGAAGAAUCAUAAACGAACUGUCCGAGAUAUAGUCGAGGCGUUAGAGGUAGACACCAUAAAUUUAUGCGUUAUUCUUUAUAUUCAUGCGUUUGAGGGUAUGUGUGUGGCCAUGGUCAUUGUUGGAUCCGUCGAGCGAACAUCGAAAUGGUAUUACGUUUCGUGUAAGAUGUGUAAUAAGAGUGUCGAGCCUUAUCCAGAAAAUUCUGGUGAUGAUGGAAAACCACCUCUUUACUAUUGCGGCGUUUGUGACAAGGAUGUAUCUGCGGUAGUGUUCAGGUACCGAUUGGUUCUGGAGGUUUCUGAUGCAACUAACUACAAAGCAAGGUUUUUGUUGUUUGAUGCAAUGGGUAGUACCCUCCUUCGUAGAACUGCACAGGAGCUCUACAAUGCAGUUUCUGAGAAUGACCCCUCUAUACUUCCCUCGGAGAUUGGGGCAUUGGUCGGGAGGCGGUUUCUUUUUAAAGUGAGUAUAGGUGGCGAUAAUCUGAAAUCGGAUCCGUUGCAUUACGUGGUACAGUUAUUUUCUGAUGAUGAUGAGCUGAUUAAAGACUAUUCUGAUGGUCUAGACUCUGAGGUUUUGGUGCCUUUGCCCGUAACGCCUAUUACAAAGGAGGCCAGUGUUCGCCGUGGCGGUGUAUCCGUCGAGAAUCCGAAACCUCCUGCGAAGAAAAUCAAAAUCGAGGGCAAGAAAGAAGAGAGUUUUGCCACAACUUAA